GGGGACAGGCCGGACGCCUUGGCUGCCCUGCAGGCUGCCAACGAGGAGCUCAGGGCCAAGCUCACCGACAUCCAGAUAGAGCUCCAGCAAGAGAAGAGUAAGGUCAGCAAAUUGGAAAGGGAGAAGAACCAGGAGGUGAAGCAGAUCAAGGAGCACGAGCAGCACAAAAGCACCGUGGUGGUCACCGAGCUCAAGGUCAAGCUCCAUGAGGACAAGAUGAAGGAGCUCCAAGCUGUCCGGGAAGCUCUGCUGAGGCAGCACGAGGCUGAGCUGCUCAGAGUGAUAAAAAUCAAGGACAAUCCAGAGACUUUGCUGAACGCCGUGCGUGAUGGAGCUCCUGACAAGGUGAAGACGGUGCUGCUCUCCGAGGCCAAGGAGGAGGCCAAGAAGGGCUUCGAGGUGGAGAAAAUCAAAAUGCAGCAGGAGAUCUCUGAGCUGAAGGGAGCUAAGAAACAAGUGGAGGAGGCUCUGACCAUGGUGAUCCAAGCUGAUAAGAUCAAAGCAGCAGAGAUCAGGAGUGUGUAUCACCUGCACCAGGAGGAGAUCACCAGGAUCAAGAGGGAGUGUGAGAGGGAGAUUCGCAGGCUGAUGGAGGAGAUUAAGUUUAAAGACAGAGCAGUCUUCGUGCUGGAGAGAGAGUUAGGGGUGCAAGCCGGGCAUGCUCAGAGACUACAGCUCCAAAAGGAGGCUUUAGAUGAACAACUGUCCCAGCUCAAAGAGUCUGACCGGCAUCUGAGCAGCCCCAAGCGGGAACUUCCUUAUGCAAGUGGUGCAGGAGACGCUUCAGAGCAAUCGGGAAGCCCCGAACAGCAGUUGGAUGAAAAGGAUGCACGGCGCUUCCAGCUGAAAAUCGCGGAGCUCAGCGGCAUCAUCCGCAAGCUGGAGGACAGGAACGCGCUGCUCUCGGAGGAGAGGAACGAGCUGCUGAAACGCCUCCGGGAAGCAGAGAGUCAGUACAAGCCCAUUCUGGACAAAAACAAACGCCUGAGCAGGAAGAAUGAGGAGCUGUCACAUGCCUUACGCCGGAUGGAGAACAAGCUGAAGUUCGUGACGCAGGAAAACAUCGCGAUGAGGCAGAGAACAGGAGCCAUCAGGAGACCAAGCUCCUUAAAUGACCUUGACCACAGCCAGGAAGAGAGAGAAGUAGAUUUCCUGAGACUGCAAGUUAUUGAGCAGCAAAACCUCAUUGAUGAACUCUCCAAGACCCUGGAGACUGCUGGCUACGUCAAGAGUGUCCUG